UUUAUAUAACUGCAACCCACAACUUGUAAAAACCUAACCUUUUCUUUGAAUACAAAUUCAAGUGCAUUACACAUCUCUUUUUUGCCAACUCUUAAAGGAAAUAAAGCAGCAAUCUUGAUCAAGAAAGUACUUGGAUAUUUUGGGACUUUGUGUUUGAGGCUAAUUUUGCUAGUACUACAGAGGUUUGAUUUGGUUUGGGUAUCCAAAAAUGGAAAGAAAAAAUCAGAAGGAUCUGAAUUUCAAAGCAACUGAGCUGAGAUUAGGUUUACCAGGUACAGAAGAUCAAGAAUCUGACCAAGAAGAAAUAUUGUCUAAUUCCAAUAAAAACAACAAAAGGGCUUUGGAUGAAGAAGAUUGUGAAUCCAAAUCUAGUUCUGAUCAUGUCAAAACUCCACCUGUUUCCAAGUCACAAAUUGUGGGGUGGCCACCAGUGAGAUCUAACAGAAUGAAUAACAUCCAACAAAAGAAAACAGAAUCUGAAUCUGGGAUGUAUGUAAAAGUUAGCAUGGAUGGUGCACCUUAUCUUAGAAAAAUUGAUUUGAAAAUGUACAAGUGUUAUCCAGAAUUGCUAAAAGCCUUAGAAAACAUGUUCAAGCUCACCAUAGGUGAAUACUCAGAAAGAGAAGGCUACAAAGGCUCUGAAUUUGCACCUGCUUAUGAAGAUAAAGAUGGUGACUUGAUGCUUGUUGGUGAUGUUCCUUGGGAAAUGUUCAUGUCAUCUUGUAAGAGGCUGAGAAUAAUGAAAGGAUCAGAAGCAAGAGGCUUGGGAUGUGGAGUAUAAAAAUAUAAAUUAUAAAAUUCUCAAUAGAAAGUUUGUACCUUUUUCUAUGACAGGGCUAGAAGAAGAAUAUAUGAUGAAGAUGAUGAAGCUUUUUCCUCUCUUGGCAGUAAAAAGAAGGUCUUUUUUCAGCUUGGGUUCUUCAGUUAAAUGAACCUGAAUACUGAUGUCUUUUUUUUUUUUUGGGGCAAUCCUCUUGUAAUCAAAACAGUUUUUUCUCUUGGACAGAAAAAACCUUAGUAAUUACAGUUUAUUAAAUUUUGUUGUUUCUUUUUGGAGUCAAAUGAUAUAAUAUAUAGCAGGAAAGACAAACCAUGGUGGUUUUAAAGAUCCUGCAAGUGUUAUUUUCUGUUCUGUUUGGAAUAAUCCAUCAAACAUACAAAGUAUAAUUACUUGUUCAGUUUUUUUUUUUUUUUGUUGGUUGUUAAGGAGGCAAUUGUACAAAUUCACAGUGAAUAGUAUUUUUGGUUCUCAAAUUAAUUCUUGGAUCUGAGCUGAUUUUA